CUCUCUGCAGCCUGGAGGGCCUGGUCCCCAUCGGCCACUCUGAGCUCAGGAUCCGGGGGGCCAAAGAGAACCUCUGCACAGCUCUCCUGGUGUAAAUGCGGGAAAGCUCUCUGAGCUCAGGCAAGAGUCUCCCUCUCUCUCUCUCUCUCUCUCACACACACACACACACACACACACACACACACACACACACACAGAGUCUUACACACUUGCACCCAUGGGAAGCCGCCCCACUCCUGGGCUCCAGAGAACUACAUCAGCUGAGUACCGACUGCGUUCAACCAGGCCUCCAGCCUCAGUCCCGUCCACUGCCCCAGGAGGCUCUGUGGUGGGCAGGGGUCCCGCGGGUGGCCCCCAGGCCCUGAAGGCCAAGCGGUCAGCCCCAGGGGCUGAUGGUGUGCAGCAGGACCAGCUGUGGAGGGAGCUGCUGGAGGCCGAGAGGAGGAGCCAACAGCGCUGGGCUCAGAACUGGAGUUUCCUGAAAGACUAUGACCCCAUGGGCAACAAGAAGGAGCCCGUGAAGCUGCCAGACUACGUGCCUCGCUUCUCUGACACUGUCCCCAACUCCACGAACCGGGCUGUGGGCAGCCGGGUGGACACGCCUCUGGGGAAAACCCUCAUCGGCCUUGACUUCUUCUUCGUGGAAGGAGCCCGGAAGAAGAAGCUGGAAGAGGAGCUGCAGCCCAUCUAGGAGGAGGGCUGGGCGGAUGCUACUGGGGAGCCAUCACCAGAGCCUCAGACAGCAUCCCACACAAGCUGGGGGUCAGUAUCUCUGAGCCCCACAUGAGGUCAAGAGGGUUCCUGGCUCAUCGUCACACCUGAGGACAGGAUUUGAGGGCUUGCCCAAGGCCAUGUAACCGGCAAUGGUGG